GUAAGAUCGAGUGGCGAGGCAAAGUCGGGCAUCCUCCAACCGUUGUACACUCGAUGAAAACGAAUAUUUAGUGGCAAAACUUUUGCUGAAGCAUCAAGACCAAAUAUUUCUGAUUGGCUAAUAGCCUUGUUAAGAGAUCUGGAGCAUCAUUGAUUGAUUUGAAUUAACCGGCCAUUCUGACUGGCUAAGGACAACUAUGGAUGAAGAUGAUAAGUGCGAUGUUUGCGGAGGGGAUCACAACACAGAGGUGUGCCCAGAGCUGGGAUUAGAUAUCGCAGCCAGAGCUGCCACUCAACUCAGCAGAGCACGCUUGACCUUGCCACAUAACCUUGACGUUGAAGGAGACAUUUCUGAUGGCACUCUGCAGGUCACUGCAACCUUUGACAUUCCAGCCAAGACGCAGUUUGGUCCUUUUGAAGCCAAAAGAAGCACAAACGAUGUUAACCUGGAUGGUUACUUCGCACUCAAGGUGCUGUCCAAAGAUCAAGCCAGCGUUGUGUUGGACUGUUGCGACGAAAAUGAAUGCAACUGGUUGUGCCUGGUGCAAGCAGCCACGAACAAAGAAGAGCAGAAUUGCAUUGCGUACCAACUAGGCGUCAACAUCUUCUACAACACAACCCGGUUAAUUCGCGGAGGCGAAAAGCUGAAGGUGUGGUAUGCAUCUCACUAUGCCAAAAAACUAGGCAAACCUGUGCAACCGGAUGGGACAACAAAAGUUAUGUUGGGUUCAGAUAUUGGGAAGCAGUUGUCAGUGCCAAGAAAAGUCGUCAGUGAUACGUCAGAUGAGGAAACCAUCGGAAAACGGCGUCGAAAGGUGAACGCCUACGUUGAAGAGUUCCUGCAAAGCGCUCGAAAGAAGACUAAAAUGGAUUCAUCAGUCAACACUCCAGAGAAUGUAGGACAGGUGCCAAAGAAAAGAGGUAGAGGAAGACCACGGAAGGACGCUAGUGCUGAUGUUCCUGCUCAGCAGUUGACAAGGACACGAACCAGAGCUGGCGGGGGAGGAGAAGCGAAGAUGCUAGAUGCCUCGGGACAGGCUGAUUUAUCUGACGAGGCUGAGACCUGGGUUGAUUUGGGAGGUGCAGAUGAUAUCAUUGAAAGUGGUGAAGUGGAAGGUGGAGAAUUCAAAUGCACUCGCUGUCCAAAAACUUUCCGUAGCCAGGCAGAAAUGGUGAAACAUCUGCGCACUCACAUAAAGACCUCAAAGUUUCAAGGGGACCCCAUCCGGACGUUGUUCUGCACAGAGUGUGGUAAAGGAUUUGUCAACAGCAGUAACUUGGGUCGACAUAUGAAGAUACACGAGAGGAAAACGAGAACGAUUAGCUGCUCAAUGUGCGACUACAAAACGUACAGACAUGACAUCCUGAGGAACCACAUGGACGCCCGCCACAAUACCACCUACAAGACGCCCAGAGGAAAACAUGCUGAGGCUGCACCAGGCCGAAGGCGAAGAGGACGUCCACGCAAGAACCGAGGACGUAAACCUUUAUCAAUCAAAAAGGAACCAGAGUCCCCUAAGGAAGAAACAGAAGUUUCCCCAAGGCGUGUUUUGCCCGCAAGACGCAAUCGGGGAAGUAAAAUGUACGAGGUUCUCUCUCCUUUCAAGAAGAGGAAGGUUGAAGGAAGUGAGGAGGAGGAUGAUGAAGAAGAUGAAGUUAUUGAAGACAGUGGCUCAGAGGCUGUCGUGAGCGAGGCUGAGGAGUCGGAUGGCUUGGCUUCUGAUCAGGAGGCUGAGACAGAAGAUGUGGAUGUGUCUCAAGAUGUCUCCUUGGAGCAAGGUGAUGGUGAGGUGGAGGAAGGGGAGGUAACUAUACCUGAAGGGGAAGCUCUCACUAUUGUGCAACCAACGCAAGAGGAGACAGAAAAGGAAGUCGUUGAAUCUACAAAGACUGGUGCUGAGGCAUCUGAAGACUCCACGGUGCCCCCUGAGCCAGAUGAGGCUUUGCAAAGUCAGUCCAGUGAAGAAACAGCAGCCAGCAAAGACGUCAUCCAAGAGGAUGGUGCACCUGCUACUGAGGCUGCAGAUGUGGGCGAGGCAGCUGAGAAAAGAGUACCUGAUGUGGUUGAAGGAGACGGUGCUGGUGAAGGAGGUGAUACGCCAGCAGAAGCUGAUGGAAAAGCAGACACAGAUGUCCAGAAAGAGACACCUGUCCGUAGGAAACGAGGAAGGCCAAGAAAAUCGGAAGCGUCUGCGGCACAGCAGAAACUUCCUAGGCGAGACCUCUAUGAUGUCUUCCUCACCCAAGAUGACAGGACCAUUUACGGCUGCAAAGAGUGUGGCAAGAAAUUCAAGAACUUAAAAUGCAUUCGGUUGCAUUGUGAGGUGCACCAGAAAAAGUUUCCAUGCAAAAAGUGUGGGAAGACAUUUGCAAAGCAGGAGUCUUGGAUGAAACAUAACUGUAAUUCUGAGAAACCAGCGGUUGUCAUGACGACCAGUGGUGAUCGUGUUCGCUACAGCUGCACUGAGUGCGGGAAAUCAUUUGUUAAUGAGGACUAUGCUCGUCAGCAUUACACAAUUCACUCGGGCAGGUUUGAUUGCCAGGUAUGCAUGCAGCCUUUCCAUAGCAAACUAGGCCUAAUGUCACAUAAAUGCAAUAAGGAGGCUGCCUCAAAGAAAUCAUUUGCCUGUGACAUCUGUUCCCAGACCUUUCGCACAUCCAGCUACCUUUUUCGACACAUGGCCAUGCAUACAGACAUCUUCAAGUGCAACAUUUGCGGGAAGUGUUUUUCAAGGAAAGACUCUAUGCAGCGCCAUGUGUUAAAGUGUGAUCCGGUUCGGGCUUUGGAAGAAGAUCUUCAUGCAUGUGUGAACUGUCACAAAGCUUACAGCAGCAAGCUAGCUUUGGAGAACCAUUUGUUGGUCUGUUACAAGACCUACUGUUUCAAGUGUAAGCGGAACUUCCCAACAGAAGACGAAUGCUCAAACCACACCUGUUCCUUGGAGGAGGCAGACGGAAUCCCGCAAAUCAUCGACUCCACUGUAAGAGUGAACUGCUCAAUUUGCCAUAAGUCCUUCAGGAAUCUCAAGUAUCUGAAGAGACAUGAGCGGACGCACAGUUCCGAGUUUCAGUGCAAGAUCUGCUCCAAGGCCUUCUGUCAGAAAGACGAACUCGUUUGGCACAUUUUCCUAUGUGAAAAUGAAGAGAAGAUAAAAACUGAAGGAUAUGUCAAAUGCGACAUUUGCGAGGACGCUGUUGUAUUUGCUGAUGCCAAAAGUUUUCGGGAACACCAUCAUACCCAUACGCACCCGUACCAGUGCGAGAAAUGUCACAAGCGUUUUCGCAAGCAGGGUACGAUCCACACACAUGUUUGCGACCCUUAUCUGCAUCAAGAAGGUGGCUUUAAGUGUCCGCAAUGCGACAAGGUAUUUGCUCUACGCACCUACAUGGAGAAGCAUGCAGUGAUCCAUGGCGAACGCCAGUUUGAGUGCGACAUAUGCCAUAAGAAAUUUUUCCGGCAGGAUUACCUGAACGAUCACAAAUGCCUUCUUCCUGAUGGAACACCGGCUCGCAUUGUGCGAAGACACAACCAGGUGGUGAUUAAAGAAAACGUGGUAUGCCACCUGUGCGGGGCGUCGUUCGUGAGCAGUAGCAACCUCAACAAGCACAUGAAGGUUCACGGAGAGAAAGAGUAUGAAUGUGACAUCUGCAACAAGAAGUUUCACUACUUGGCAUACUUGAAGGACCAUCGGUUCCAUGUGCAUGGCGGGGGCCUCGAGCUGCAGUGUGCCAUGUGUGGGAAGAUCCUCAAGACAAAGACUAGUCUCAAAUCUCACGUCAAACAGUUCCAUUCCGGCGAGGAACCGCAACACGAAUGCGAGAUCUGCCACAAGCGCUUUCGGCAGAAAGGCAACCUGAAGACGCAUAUGUAUUCCCACAGCACUGAGAAGAAGUUCCACUGUGCCAUUUGCAACAAGUCAUUCAAGUAUCCAGACCAGUUUGCCAGGCACAACCUGGAGCACACCAUGAAGGAAAAGAUAACGUGCGAUCUUUGUGACCGGCAGUUUGUGAAGAGGUUUGAGUACCACAGACAUCUGUCCAUCUACCACAGCGGCAUGGCCUACAUCUGCAGUAUCUGUAAGGCCAAGUGCAGCCACCGCCACACACUGGUGCGGCAUUUCAAGAGGAAACAUCCAGGUGCAGUUCACAUGCUCAGUGACGACAGCUAUGUUAAGUCGCUUCUGAUGCCGUUUCAGAAAGAUCUUCAGGGCGCAAAUAAACAUGUCAUACAACAGGAUGCUGGAAGCGAGGAUGAAGAUACAGAGGCUACAUCAGAUGCUAACACAAUUGCUAUAGCGUCAGCUGAUGCUGCUGCAGAGGCUAUCGCAGCGGCGACCUCAAACGCAGCCACCAUGAGUAUUGGUCAGACCUUCACCAACGAGUUAGGAGAGACGUUCACAGAGUCAGUCAUCACCGACGCGGACGGAGUGGAGACGACCAUCGUGUAUCAGACACCAGAAGGUUUCACCACUGAUACUGAUCUCCCUCAGGUGGCUGCUGAAGCUCUCCAGUCCCUUUCCCACACCAUUGUCUCUUCAGAAGACAUGCCAACUGCAUUACAGCUGUCUGGUUUACAAGAGGGGGAAUUGGGUGGUGACGACCAGCAUACUGUUGUCAUUGUGCAGAUUGUUAAUCAAGAUGAUGAAACGGAGCUUGGAGAGACGUACACAUUGCAGCAGACAGAGUAAUGAGGCUGUGAGAUGCACACAUUGCAGCAGACAGUAAUGAGGCUGAAAGACGUACACAUUGCAGCAGACAGUAAUGAGGCUGAGAGACGUACACAUUGCAGCAAACAGUAAUGAGGCUGAGAGACGUACACAUUGCAGCAGACAGAGUAAUGAGGCCGAGAGACGUACACAUUGCAGCAGACAGUAAUGAGGCUGAGAGACAUACACAUUGCAGCAGACAGUAAUGAGGCUGAAAGACGUACACAUUGCAGCAGACAGAAUGAGGCUGAGAGACGUACACAUUGCAG